GCUCUGCUCAACAAUCCUUACAGUACAUACCGAUACUCAUCGCAGGACAAAGGCACAGCGCGGAGCUUUUCUUGCGGAAUUUUCAACUAUCUUAGGAUAUCUCUAAUCGAAAAAACAGGAAAAAUGCAUGCCAGAUUUGCGGAUCCCGAACCUGCGUCUCCGGACAGCCCCAAUGGAAUUGAAACGGAGUCCCUGGAAGCCCGAAUUGAGGCGUUCAAACAGAACCCCCAGAACAUGGACGCUCUGCGGGAAGUGCUCGAUGAUGUGGUCCAGCGAGCUGAGACGGAGGCCAACAGGCGAGCUGUUGAGAACCAGAAAUCGCAACAGGGCAAGGAAAAACGACAGAGUUUCGCCAUACCAGAUUUUAAGAACGGCAAGGUGGUGAACCGUGCCCGAGGAUUCGUGGUGCGUAUCUUUGAUGCAAUCUGCAAUUGUGCCAACAACAACGCAGCGGCGGCCACGACGCGCUUCAAGCUGAGGAGCAACAGUGGAGGAGGUGGCGGAGUAGGAGGAGCCUCUGGGAAUGGCAAGCGACAGCAGUCCCAGGACGAGCCGGAGACCCUGAUCCUAACCAAAAAGAAACCCUCCGAAGGAAAAAAGAAGAAAGGCGUCAGCAUGGCCGAUGACGUUCAGGCUGGAGUUCGACUAAUGGACUAAGCUAACCAUAAAGGAUGAUAGUGAUCCUAACAUAAUCAAAACUAUAACCAUUGCCCAUCUCCGCCCCACGAACACAAUCUGUAGAACAUAAACAAAAAUCUUGCGUCAUCGUAAAUCCUAAAGGUUUUUGAGGGCCUUGCCCAGAAGCAUUUUCUUUGCUCAAAAGUUAAAGCACAAACAAAAUUCCAUUUUGUCUUCCCCUGAAGACCGAAGUUAUCAUAUAAGAUAUUAAGCCUGAAGCGUUUCCAAAUCUAAUCAAGUCUAGCAUUCUAAAUCACUAUUUAUAUUCAGUUGAAAGUAUACAGAGUAAUUUUAGUAAUUUUCUUUAUUAUCAAAUCAAUUGUAUUUAUUUAAAAGAAAACGUUACAAAUUGUAAUGAUUAUCAUAUUAUCAAUCCGAGAACCAAAUAUUAUCUGUAGGUGCUUUUAACAUUUUAAGAAACAUGUGAUCCAAAAUAUGUGUGUUUGUGGAAUUCAUAUUGUUCAAUUUUAUUUUGAAAUUAUUUCGAUUUGGAAACGCUGGUGGGACAGCUUUAGCUCUAUACUUUAUAAUUUGUAAAACCUAAAUGUGAUCCCCGAUGGAAAUUUAAGCAAAAGAACUCGAAGCACAAGCCACUACGUGGUUAGUUAGGGAAAGAGAAGUGUCGUAUAUAGGAUAUACAUGUCUUACUUAAUCUUCGAGGCUAUCCCACGCACAACACAAUCAAAUGUAGACGUUACAGAAUCCCAGGUGGUAACAAUGCCAAGUUGAACAACAGGCUGGUCAAUCUCCACCUAAUUAUAACUGUACGAUAUAUCAAAUUAUAUACCAACAUAUAUGUAUGUGUAUACCUAGGCGUGUGCCGCGAUUCUAUUUAGAUGGGUGUGUAGUAGUUACAAAAUAUUUUCAAAACCAGCUAGCAGAAGGUUCAAUAUACAAGCAUGAAUGUGUACUGAUUUUAUAUACAAUGUAACUAACUAACUAUUAUAUACAUACGUGUUUAGACUUUAGUUAAUCACACUGAGCCACCUCCUAAAUGCCGCACAGGUUUCCACCAACAUCCUCCUCAUCAACGUCACCGAAAACCACCACAAAAACACGCUCUAUACCGAUAUAUUUUGUGAGGCCCUUUUUGAGAGAUCUAUAGAGACACUAUUCUAUACCGAAUCCGAAACUUAAGGAAAUUAGUAUGAGGAAUAAAUAGCUAACGGGAGAUUGAUAUCUUUGUACACGUAUGUAUUUGCAAGGCAACAAUUUUGUAUGAGAUUUCGCAUUUAUUUUGUAACCUCCCAAAUGCAAAGAUCUGCCUGAGUUUAAAUGUGUUGCUAAAUGAAAAAGUCAAGAGAAUAAUUAUAAACUAUAAAAGUAUAAGUAUGCGUAAUGCAAAUAUAA